AUGUGGGGAACCUCCAUCUUGCCGCUCGCCUUGGCUGCUGUGCCAUUCGCCAAUGCCAUCACGCUGCACAAGCGGGACGACCCGGCGGUCUUCCGACUCCCGAUUGCCCGCAGUGAGCAGUCCCAGGCAUUGCAGAAACGCAGUUCCAAAGUCGCCAGCACGGCAUUAUACAAUGUGCAAAAUCUAUAUUACAUGGUGAACAUCACCAUCGGCACCCCGCCUCAGAAUCUCUCCCUCAGUCUCGAUACCGGCAGUAGUGAUAUCUGGGUUAACGUCCCGAAUUCCACCUACUGUGCGGCAGAUGACGAUCCCUGCUCCUCGACUGGCUUGUUCAAUCCAAAAAACUCCUCCACCUUCAAAUUACUGGGUUACGACAUGAACGCCACCUAUGUCAGUAAAAAUUUGGCUGCAGGUCCCUACGCCACCGACACGCUGGUGAUUGGAGGCGUCACGGUGAAAAAUAUGGAGUUUGCGGUGGCCGAACAAAGUGACAAUCCCCACGGUAUUCUAGGAAUCGGAUAUGCGAUAUCUACUGAUGCCGCCACCAAUCUCCACAAGGAAUACGCCAACCUUCCGGAAGCGCUGGUCAAUAGCGGUGCUAUCAAGUCGGCCGCCUAUAGCCUGUGGCUGAAUAAAUUUGAUGGCACUGGAAACCUUCUCUUCGGAGGUGUCAACAAAGCGAGAUACCAAGGCGAGCUGCAAACCGUGCCUGUUUUGCCGUUAUAUGGCAAAUACUAUUCUCUGGCCAUCGCCCUGACGGAUAUCUCUGUGAAGAGCACCCAUGGCACCAAGAGUUAUGCAACGGGUCUCCCCUUGGCCGUUUCCUUGGAUAACGGGACCCCUUUCAUCUUGUUGCCCAAAGAACUGGUGGACCCUAUCUACAAGGAGGUCGGCGCGGGUUAUUCUUCGACCGCCCAGGCCGCCUAUAUCCCCUGCAAUAUGGCCACGGCCGAUUACAAUAUGACCUUUAGCUUCUCGGGCGCAACGGUCACGGUUCCCAUCAGCGAACUGGUUUUUGCCGAUGAAACCGAGCACGGUUUCCCCGACGGUGACUGCAUCUUCGGACUUUCCCCCAGUCAAGCCGGAGUGAAUCUGAUGGGUGAUGUGUUCUUACGUGGCGCCUACGUGGUCUACGAUCUUGCCAAUAACGAGAUUUCACUCGCCAACACCAACUAUGACGGGGGCGAUGAUGAUAUUCUCGAGAUCGGCACGGGAUCGGCUGCGGUGCCGAACGCAACGCUGAUGCCCUCUCCAGUCACCUCGGCGACGGGUAAUGGGGCCAGUGAAGCCACCGCGACCUCGGGCUCUCCGGGACCCGUGUCGGUUGAAACCACAACACAUGUCACUGGUACUGCGACUACAACGGCUAAGAGUGGUGGUGCUUCGAGCACCUCCUCCAAGGGACUGGCGGCGUUACCCACCAGCAACCCGAACCACCUUCUGCCCGGUCUCUUGGGCGCUGGCUUGCUGCUCGCAUUGUAA